AACAAAGCAAGAAUAAUAAUUGCUGAAUAGAAUAUAGGGGUUUUUGUAGGGUUUCCUUUUCUCUGAACCAAAAAAAAAAAAAAAGAAUGCCUUCUCACCAGGGCGCGGAGGCGCUCUCAGCCUCGGGCCGGAGCUCCGAGAAGCUGAGCCUCCCAACACUCCAGUCGAAGAUGAAGUCCGACCCGGACGGUUACGAAUCGGAGCUAAUCCUCCUCUACAGCCAAUUCAAGUCCUCCCUCGAACUCUUCCAGCAACAAGCGGCGCUCAAUUUCACCUCCAUCAGCGGCAUCGGCAGCGACCCCUCCGUCGCCAAAGACCUCGGCGACAGAGCCUUGAUUUUGGCCCAUGUCACCCCUUUUUACCCCAACCACCUCGCCGACUUCCCCAAACAACUCGCCGGUUUGCUCUCCUCCGCCUCUAGAUCGCUUCCCUCCGGCCUCCGGUGCCACGUCGCCCAAUCUCUCAUUCUACUCUCCAAUCGACAGAUGAUUGAUAUUGAAGAAACCCUAGCAUUGUUCAUGGACUUACAGACUCUAGGUGAUAAGCCUUUAAGAAAAUUGGCUUUCUCUCAUGUUAUUCAUAGCAUUAAGCGAAUGAAUCAGAAGCACAAGAAUGAUGCUAAGAAUCGUAAGCUCCAAAAUAUCGUGUUUGCAAUGCUACAGCAAGAUGAUGAAGCAAAAGCCAAGAGAGCUCUCACCACGCUAUGUGAGCUUCACCGGAGGAAGUUGUGGUUCGAUGAUAGAACCGCAAAUGCCAUUGCUACUGCAUGUUUUCAUUCGUCGCCAAGGAUCAUGAUUGCUGCUCUGUCGUUUCUUCUUGAUUACGAGAAGAUUGAAGACGAUGAUGAUAGUGAUGCUUCAAGUGGUGAAGAUGACCCGAAUCCCCAAGCUCCUCAUGUUGUCAUCAAUAAACAGGCUAUUUAUAACGCACACCAUAAAGGAACAGUUUCAAGCAAGAAGAAAAAGCAAGCAAAAUUGCAGCGUGCAAUGCGUAGCAUGAAAAGGCAACAACGUCUGUCAUCAGAAAAUGUCUCAUCGAAUAAUUAUUCCCCACUUAACCAUCUUAAAGAUGCACAGGGAUUUGUUGAGAAGUUAUUCUCUCGGCUUCAAACAUGCAAUGAACGUUUUGAGGUUAGGAUGAUGAUGCUGAAAGUAAUAGCUCGAACAGUUGGGCUUCACCGCUUGAUUCUGUUGAAUUUUUAUCAUUUCAUUGAGAAAUAUAUUCAGCCCCAUCAACGUGAUGUCACAAGUUUACUUGCAGCAGCAGUUCAGGCCUGUCAUGAUAUGGUGCCACCUGAUGCAGUUGAACCACUAUUCAGAAAGAUAGUAAAUCAGUUUGUACAUGAUCGUUCACGCCCAGAGGCCAUUGCUGUUGGACUGAAUGUAAUAAGGGAGAUUUGUUUACGCAUGCCAUUGUUGAUGACAGAAGAUUUGCUGCAAGAUCUUGCACUGUACAAGAAAUCACAUGAGAAAGCAGUUUCAAUAGCAGCUCGUUCACUAAUUACUUUAUUUAGAGAGGUUUGCCCCGCACUGCUAAUCAAGAAGGAUCGUGGGCGCCCUACAGACCCGAAGGCAAGGCCAAAAGCAUAUGGAGAAGUCAAUGUGAGCAGCAAUGUUCCUGGUGUAGAGUUAUUACAAGAAGAUGACAAUAAUGAGGAGGAUAUUAGUGACGCUGAAAGGUCCUCAUCCAAUGAUUCUGAUGAUGAUCAUGAUAAUGAGGUUGAUGUUGCCAGCAAUGAUGAAGAAAAUCAGCUAUAUGGUGAUAUUACUGGAAGUGAAGAUGAUGAAUUAGAAGAUGAUGAAGUAGCUCAAAAUGAAGAUGGAAAUAACAUUAUUGAUAGUGAUGACAGUGAUGUUAGUGACAAUGAUGAUGAUGAUGAUGAUGAUGGGAAAGAAGAGGAGGAGAUGGAGGCAGCAAAAUGUUCCAGCAAAACUAGGGAUAGUGAAACUGGAGGAAGAGAAUCUAAAGCAAAAAAGAGGAAGUUGUCUGAUUUUGAUGGACAAUUGCUUGCUGCUGACUCAAGCCUUCGGGCUCUAAAGAGAUUGGCAGGAGUGACGAUGGGGCAAACCUCACCAGACUCAACUGAUGGAAUUCUUUCUAAUGAGGACUUCCAAAGAAUCAAGGAAUUGAAGGCAAAGAAGGAUGCAAAUGAUGCUUUGGUUAAACAUGGGUUAAGAAAGGGUAUCCCAAGUUCUGAUCAACUGAGUACUAAACGAGUCGAUCCUGCCAAACUUGAAUUUCAUGUAAAAAAGAAGAUGAGCAAGGAGGAAAGAUUAGCGUUAGUUAGGGCAGGGAGGGAGGACAGGGGGAAGUACCAGGCUCGAACGUCUGUAAAGCAGAAAAAGACUGGUGGUCUGAGCAAUAGGCAGAAGGAGCGCAAGAAGAAUCUGCCUAUGGCAGCAAAGAAAGCCAAGGUAGCAAGGUCUCAACUAGAGAAGAAGAAGAAACAACAGCGUGCAGGCAAACAGUUUCGUGGGAGGAAAGCGUGGAAAUGACUGGAAACAUUUAUCGCUUUCCUAUACAAUGUUAUCUGUUAUAUUUUUUGAAUGGCAAUUAUAUUAUUUUGCCAGUUUUUUCGCCCCUGAGGAAUUAGCAAAUUAUAUUUCAAAGAAAAUAUUACAGCAAGUCAGUACAAUACUUCAAAAAUCUUGCUGGGACAGCCAGCAUCACAAAUAACAAAUUUUGUCAGAAAUUUAUUGAAAA